UUUUUUCUUGAGCAUAGCAAACGCUUCACCAAUCUCAUCUCCUCCCUCUGCUUUCGCUUCAUAGCUCCAUCGGGAUAUCGUUUUUCGACAAAAGAUGGUGAAUUUGAAACCAUUACCUGGAAGGAAGCCCUUGAGUUCAGUGACUUUGAUCUUCAAAUUGCCAUACUAUACGCACUGGGGACAGAGUCUGGUCAUAUCUGGCUCGGAACCAAUUCUUGGAUCUUGGAAUGUGAAGCAGGCCUUAGCGUUGUCUCCCAUUCAUCAAGGAGAUGAGCUUUUUUGGUGCGGAAGGGUUGCGGUCCCGAUUACAUUCAAAUGUGAGUAUAGUUAUUACUUGGUUGAUGACAAUAGGAAUAUUUUGAGAUGGGAGGCAGGGAAGAAGCGGAAACUGGCGCUUCCUGAUGGAGUUCAGGAAGGAGAUGCAGUGGAAAUUCAUGAUUUGUGGCAGAAUGCGUCAGAAGCUCUUUUCUUUAGAAGUGCAUUCAAAGAUGUCAUAUUUGGCGGAGCCAAACAUUUGCAGCCAGAAGCGCAUCCUACAGCCCUUCAGGAGAACUUACACCAAGAUGAUAGUGUUGUUCUCCACUUCGUGAUUAGCUGUCCGAGAGUAGAAGCCGGAUCCAAUGUUUGUGUUACCGGUAAUAUCUCACAGUUAGGAAGCUGGAAGGCUCAAAAUGGGCUAAGGCUGAGCUAUGCUGGAUAUUCGAUUUGGAAAGCAGAUUGUGUGGUGCGAAAAGACGACCUCCCAAUACAGUACAAAUAUUGCCAAAUUCGGAAUGAGCUAGACAUUACUGCAGAAGUUGGUCCUAAUAGGGAAUUAGCUUUCGAUGUGGCAUCACGUAGUCCGCCUAGAUUCAUCAUCUUGUCUGAUGGUGCCUUCCGGGACAUACCGUGGAGAGGUGCAGGCGUUGCUAUACCAAUGUUCUCAGUUAGAUCGAAUGAUGACCUUGGUGUUGGAGAGUUCCUCGAUCUAAAGCUGCUCGUAGACUGGGCUGUAAAUUCAGGCUUUCAUCUUGUUCAGCUUUUGCCAGUCAAUGAUACUUCAGUUCACAAGAUGUGGUGGGAUUCGUACCCCUACAGCUCUCUCUCUGUAUUCGCGUUGCAUCCAUUGUAUCUAAGAGUACAAGCUCUUUCUGAUUCUAUUCCAGAAGACAUCAAGCAAGAGAUCUCAAAGGAGAAGGAAAGAUUAAAUAAGAAGGAUGUUGACUAUGAAGCUUCGAUGGCUGCUAAGUUGUCGAUUGCAAAAAAAAUAUUUGAUCUAGAGAAAGAUAAAAUACUGAAUUCUAGCUCUUUCAAGCAGUUCUUCUCUGAAAAUGAGGAAUGGCUGAAGCCGUAUGCAGCCUUUUGCUUUUUGAGGGACUUCUUCGAGACUUCAGAUCACACUCAAUGGGGUCGGUUUGCUCAUUUUUCCCAGGAAAAGCUUGAGAAACUUGUCGCGAAGGAUAGUUUGCACUAUGACGUUAUAUGUUUCCACUAUUAUAUUCAGUUCCAUCUACAUGUACAACUAUCAGAAGCAGCAAAUUAUGCAAGAAAGAGAAAAGUUGUUCUUAAAGGAGAUUUACCAAUAGGUGUCGAUAAGAACAGUGUCGAUACUUGGGUAUAUGCUAAUUUAUUUCGCAUGAAUACAUCCACCGGAGCACCCCCAGAUUAUUUUGACAAAAAUGGACAAAAUUGGGGUUUCCCCACAUAUAACUGGGAGGAAAUGUCCAAAGACAACUAUGGAUGGUGGCGAGCACGGCUAACACAGAUGGCCAAGUACUUCACAGCCUAUAGAAUAGAUCACAUCUUGGGUUUCUUUAGGAUCUGGGAGCUUCCUGGUCAUGCGGUUACUGGUUUAGUUGGGAAAUUCCGGCCGUCCAUUGCUCUAAGUCAGGAGGAGCUUGAGCAGGAAGGGAUAUGGGAUUUUGAUCGUUUGAGUCGUCCAUACAUUCGUCAGGAAAUUCUGCAGGGAAAAUUUGGAUCGCUCUGGACUGUUGUUGCUAUGAACUUCUUAAACGAGUAUCAAAAGCUCUGUUACGAGUUCAAGGAGGACUGCAACACAGAGAAAAAAAUUAUUGCCAAACUUGAAUCCUGUUCUGAAAAGUCUCUUUGGCAAGACAAAAAAGACGAGAUACGCCGUGGUCUUUUUGAUCUUCUACAGAAUAUAGUUCUUAUAAGAGAUCCAGAAGACUCAAGGAAAUUUUAUCCACGUUUCAACCUUGAGGACACAUCGAGUUUUAACGACUUGGAUGAACACAGUAAAAAUGUCCUCAAAAGACUGUACUACGAUUACUAUUUCUGCCGACAAGAAAACCUCUGGCGUCAAAAUGCAUUGAAGACUCUUCCUGUUCUAUUGAACUCAUCAGAUAUGUUGGCAUGUGGAGAAGAUCUCGGGCUUAUUCCUUCUUGCGUUCAUCCUGUAAUGCAAGAAUUGGGAUUGAUUGGAUUACGCAUCCAAAGGAUGCCUAGUGAACCGGGAUUAGAAUUUGGCAUUCCAUCUCAGUACAACUACAUGACGGUUUGUGCUCCAUCCUGUCACGACUGCUCGACAUUCCGUGCUUGGUGGGAGGAAGAUGAAGGGAGAAGAUGCCGGUUCUAUCAGACUGUUGUUGGUAGUGACGAUUUUCCCCCAUCUCGAUGCACUCCGGAAGUGGCAUACUUCAUUAUUCAGCAGCACUUCGAAGCUCCUUCAAUGUGGGCAAUCUUCCCACUUCAGGACUUGCUGGCGCUGAAAGAGGAAUACACUACACGACCAGCCGCAGAGGAGACGAUCAACGAUCCGACAAACCCAAAGCAUUAUUGGAGAUUCCGUGUACAUGUGGCACUGGAGUCCUUGCUGGAUGACAGGGAACUCCAGACAACCAUUAAAGAUCUCGUGAUAAGUAGCGGGAGGUCGUAUCCAGCUAGCGAAGCGGCUGACAAGAUCAACGGCUCGAUGAAGCUGUUAAUCGAGGAUUGGCAGGAGAGGUAUGCUAUUAUGCGAUUAAGUGAUGAUGAUAGUUUUUGUAACUGAUAAGAGCAAUGUAAAUCACUUCUUUUCCAUCUCUCUCUCUCUCUCUCUCUCUCUCUCUCUAAUAGUAUCUGCAGAAUCAAUAGUGAAAAUUUAGUACAUGAUUUAGUGAGAUAUCAUGUGUCAGCAUAAAUAAGGUUUUGUUAUCAGAAAUUUGUGGAGUUAUUUUUCCAUGUUUAUUUAACAAUGUUUCUUCCUUAGUAGAAGGGAAAAAUAAUGUCCCAAAAACAGAUGAUUCAGCUUCUUAUUCAAUAAGUUCUCUCUGGGCUCUCCAGGUGAGCAAUUUUUAUUUUUUA